UUAGUGGUCAAUCGUGAUGGAUCGAUGCUGGCGGUAUCGUCUUACAAUCGAGAAGUGUUAAAAUUUUAAUUUCGAAUAACUUAAACGCUCACAAAAAUGACAAGUUCUUUAGCAAUGGCAAGUUCAACCGUUGCUACUAGCGCUGCGGAAAAUAUAGCGCAGAAAUUUACUUUCGGUACAAUCGAUUAUAUAGUGUUCGUAUUUAUGUUGUUGACUUCAGCCGGUAUUGGGGUCUAUUUUGGCUUCUUUUCAAAAUCGAAAAAUACCACCGAUGAAUAUUUGAUGGGAAGUAAGAAAAUGAAAACUCUACCCAUUGCAAUUUCACUUGUAGCCAGCCAACUUUCUGGCAUAGCCAUUAUGUCAGUGCCGGCCGAGAAUUAUUCAUUUGGCUUCGCAUAUAUCUAUAUGGUUUUUUCAAUUAUCCUGGUGGUGCCCAUAUUGAACUACAUUAUUGUACCUGUGUUCUACAAAAACAACAUCUCAAAUUGUUAUGAGUAUCUACAAAAACGUUUCGAUAGACGUACACGAAGAGUCGUCACAGCCUCUUUUGUUUGCAAUGCCUGUCUCAUGUUGCCCGUUUACAUUUUUGUUCCUGCCUUGGCAUUCUCUCAAGUGACAGGCAUAAAUAUUCAUUUAAUCAAUGCCGUCGUUUGUUCGAUAUGCAUGUUCUAUACCAUGUUGGGUGGUAUUAAAGCCGUUGUUUGGACCGAUGUCAUACAGGCUGGCAUAAUGAUCACAUCAGUGGUGUUGGUGGGCGUACUGGGUACUCUUAAAGUCGGUGGUUUAUCCAAGGUAUUGGAAAAUGCAGCCGAAGGUGGUCGUCUAGAUUUUUUCUAUGGCUUGGAUCCACGAAUAAGGACAUCUGUUCUAAGUCUCUUUACCGGCGGCAUAUGCAUGUGGACUGGUCACAUUGGUUUGAAUCAGAGUUGUGUUCAACGUAUUGUAUCGCUGCCAAGUAUGGAAAACGCCAGAAGAGCUUUAGUCAUUACCUCUUUUGGAGUAUUCUUCAUUAUGGGCUUUACCUCAUUCACUGGAAUUAUUAUGUUUGCCCGUUAUGCAGGAUGUGAUCCCAUAUUAGCUGGAGUGGUGGAAAAAGCAGAUAAAAUGAUGCCUUUCUUUGUCCAAGACAUUAUGGGCCAUUUAAAGGGUAUGCCGGGUGUUUUCAUAUCCUGCGUUUUCAGUGCAGCUCUUAGCACUAUGUCGGCGAAUUUAAAUUCCUUGGCCGGUGUAGUUUAUUUUGACUACAUCAAACCCUUCAUACAUCACACGGACGCAAAGGCUAAUGCCAUUAUGAAAAUAUUUGUGGUGGUUAUGGGAACUUAUUGCAUUAUAGCCGGUAUAAUGGUGCAAAGAUUCAAAUCGAUUCUACAGACCAUCAUAACUAUAACGAGCAUAAACACUGGCGCUGUGGUUGGCGUCUUCCUCUUGGGAAUGUUAGUGCCCAGAGUCAAAGCAAAGGUGGUAUUUGUUUCCCUUGCUUUAAGUAUAUUAACCAUGCUGUGGAUUAUAAUCAAUGCUCAAAUGCGUUUUAAAUCUGGUGUUAUAAGAUACGAUCCCCUACCCACUACAUUGGAUAGAUGUGAGGAGUAUAAUUUCUAUGAGUUAAUACAAAAAGGCAACUCCUCGAUUCCCACUGUAUCAUCCCCAACUGAGGCUCCUUUAGUAACGACUGCUUUUGAGAGCAAUCGUCCAUUUUCUAUUUAUGAAAUCUCCUUCUAUUGGUACAAGUUGAUCGGGGGCUUUAUUGUAUGGGCCACAGCCAUACCACUGAGUUAUAUCUGGAAACCCAAUGAAGAUGACAAAUAUGAUCCCAAACUUUAUUCACCCUUCAUAAAUAGGCUGUUAGAUUUAGGUCCCAAGGAAAUGGAAAACUUUCCUUUGAAAAUGGAAAAUGGAAACACAAAAAUUUCUAUAGAAGCAAAAAGUUGAAAAGGCUGCCAAGAGUUUUGGAGAUAAGUUUAGUAAUUAGCAAUAGAAUAAUCAAUAAUA